GUCCAACUAUCCAGCGCCAGGUUCAGAAUGGACCCUCUCCGGAUGAAAUGGAAGUGCAGAGAAGGCAAGUGGUGGACCAGCAGCAGCAACAGCGCCAGGAAUCUCUGGAAAGAAGAACCUCUACCACAGUUUCUACCCUUCAGAUAAAAGUGUCUUCUUCCCCCUCCCACUGCCAGUCUCCUCCUCCUGACUACAGUAACUACAGUGCUUCUACUUCCGCUGGUGCUGCCCCACCACUGCCAUCUUAUGCCAACGUUAUCUCUUCAGCAUCUACCAUCCCCGAGUCCAGUAGUAAAAACUCUUUCAAAUCCUCUAAGAGAGCCAGAGGAUUCCCACAGCUUCGUCACAGACAUUCUGCCUCUGAGCUCUCGCCCUCCCUGGGUUCCUUCUCCUCUCCAGUGUGGCCAAACCACAGGACUGUAACACAAAGCAUCAAACAGAUCUCUUUGUCCCCACCGCCUGAGCCUCCUUCCCAUUUUCCAUUUGCACCUCACCAGCCUGUUAGACGUUCCUCUCUUUCACACUCUCCUCAGUCUUCCUCUUCUCCUGUAACAACUACAUCCCCUGUGCAGAAGGGUUUUGUCCUGCAGCCGCAUAUUCCAGAGGUCCUUCCUGUGAUUCCUGUCCAGAAUGGCAGAAUCAGGGGAUCUACAGAUAUAACAAUCCAAGAAGCCUCUGCAAAUGUACCUCAGAUAGGCCUGAAUGGCCAACCCGAAGAACCUUUAACCACACAAAUUCCUUUAAACUCCUCUAGAACCCAGGUAAAAAGCAUGGAUGGGUCUGUCUUCUCAUACUUAGAAACUGUACCCAUCUCUCAGCUACCAGUUAUAACCAGCCCUGCUGGUUCCUUUAUCCAGGCUUCUUUUCAGUCCUCCCAACCUUCACCUCAUCCUCCAAAGCAAUUGUACCAGGCCAUGUCACACUUUGUUUCAUUACCUCCCGCUUAUGCUGCUGUAUCUGAGGUGAAUUUGUCCAAGAAGACCCCUCCUUUCAUGACUUCAUCAACCAUUUCCCACUUGAGUCCCAUCCUUCCACCUGGUCAUCCUUCCACUGCUGCCACAAUCCCUGCUUCAUCCAGUGGGCCCCCACCUCCGCCACCCCCACCAGUACCUCCUCCGCCUUCAGGAGCAGCGCCACCUCCCCCACCUCCACUGCCGGCAGGUGGAGGACACGGGGGUAGCACUGACGAUGGGUCAAUGUCAGGACUAGCAGCAGCCCUGGCUGGUGCCAAACUCAGGAGAGUACAACGGCCAGAAGAUGGUUCAGGUGGCUCCAGCCCCAGUGGGGCCUCUAAGAGCGAUGCCAAUCGAACAAGUAGUGGAGGAGGAGGAGGAGGACUAAUGGAAGAAAUGAAUAAAUUACUGGCAAAAAGGAGGAAAGCAGCAUCACAGUCAGACAAGCCAGCUGACAAAAAGGAAGAGGAAAGCCAAAACGAAGAUGCUAGCACCUCGCCUUCACCAGUCACACGAGGCCCUAGCCAGCAGCAGAAUUCUUCAGACCCUGGGAAGAAGCCAUGGGAAAGAAGCAAUUCUGUUGAAAAGCCUGUAUCUUCAUUACUCUCUAGAAAUCCAUCAGUGAAGAGUCUUGAAGCUAAGAGCCCCACACAAUCCCAACUAUCUUCUAGGAUGAAGCCCGUGAGCAGCAGCAAUGAUGUGGCUAUGGAUGCCUUAGAUUUUGAUCGAAUGAAACAAGAAAUAUUGGAGGAAGUUGUAAGAGAGUUACACAAAGUGAAAGAAGAGAUAAUUGAUGAUGACUUCAAAGUAAUUUUACUGGUAGUCUGCAAUGUAAAUGAAGACCUUUUGCCAACAGAAAUGUGUUGUGGCAUCACCAGAAGAAACAGAGACAUGUUAGUUGUCAGCCGACAAGGUCUUUGACUCAGAGUUAUCACAAUAUUAAAACGGUACGUCAGUGCACAAAGGUAUCUGUGUUCAUAUUGGUAAUAAACUGUUUAUUGUCCA